AAGCUGAACCGAGGGGCAUCUUUCAGUAAUUUUUUUAUAAUAAAAAACGAUUCUUAUACUAUGCGGAACCAACAAUUAUAACACAUAAAUAAUAAAAGUGGAAUUGAAAGCGGUAUAGCGGCCAAAGGUUGGAGAUAUGUCGAGAAAUGCGGCGCUAAGCGCUUUGUGCGCGAGCAAUGCCGCCUGGGAGUCUGCUACGAGGAGGAUAGCCGGGUCGACGAUGCGGAGGACGUUCUCGUCUACCGCCAGAAGAGAUGCGAGCAUCGCGCACUUCACACCGACAUCCUCCCCCGAGCUCGACAAGCUCCUCGACACCAUCCGGCACAAGAUCAUCCUGCCGGCGUACCUGCCGACCGACCAGCGCAAGAAGAUGUUCUCGCCCAAGUACGAGAAGAAGCUGCAGUCGGACCCCAUCAUCAUCGAGAUCGACGGCGAGGUCUUCAAGUUCCGGUACCAGAACCCCUUCACCGACAUCCCGCAGACCCGCCGGUGCAUCGUCGCCGCCAUCUCCCGCUUCGAGGCCCCCGAGGACUUCGCGAACCUGCGGCCCCUGGUCGAGGGCGUCGCCUACGCCCGCCGCCACUUCGACCCCAGCUUCUACUGCAAGAUCCUGCGCGUGCUCGGCGCCAAGGGCCGCGUCUUCGACGUCAUCGAGCUCGCGCGCGGCGUCGCCCGCACCGGCUUCCGCCUCGACUCCAGCGAGAAGGUCAACGAGGUCAUGCACUGGGUCCAGAUGAAGGCCGUCGACGCCGCCUGGGACCCGGCCGAGACCGCCCAGGCCCUGCGGUGGGCUGAGAUCGUGCUCGAGCUGCUGCAGGAGGAAGCCCACCAGCCGAAGCGCCACAAGAACGAGCACCCGCUCGAGGGGGAGCUGCCGCUGCACCGAGACCCCAUGGUCCUCCUCGCGCCGCUGCACCUCGCCGCCGCCUUGGUAUGGAAGCAAGGAGCCGAGGCCGCGGGCGAGGCCGCAGUCGAGAAGCUGGUCAAGCACGCGCGGGACAUCGUCAGGCUAUGGCCCGAGGGCCGGGAGCUGUCCAAAGUGCAGCCGCAGGCUCUAUACGAGGAGUACGACAAGAUGGGGUAUCUAAACGAGCCUAACAAGUUCGUCGUGGUAUCCGCGCCUCUUCUCCGGGGCCUCGAAAUCGCCAUCGAGGUCCUCGAGCCCCGCAACCCGGACCUCGCGGCGCAGCUCCGGUCUCGUCGGGACCUCCUGGCCAGCGAGGUGGAGCGGUCGCUCCAGGCGGGGAAAGGAACUAGGGGGAAGGCGGUCUAUGAGAAACUGUAUAAUAACGCGGCGUGA